CUUCCUGCAUACCAAUUAAUCCAAUGGAGUGCUUGGUAGCAGCGUCAAUGUUUGGCAAUGAGUAAAACGUGAUAACCAGUAAAUGUGGCUUCUGUUCGUCAGACUUUGAAUUCGGUGAGAUCAACUACGAGCAUGCAUGGCGCGGGGAAACGCAGAUGUCUUGUUCAAAAAGAACAGCAAGUUGGAGAGUUUUCUCAAGCGCACCUUGCCAGAGGAGGCAUUCGAGCGAGUGCGGGGAUACGAGGCUUGUAUCAUUGUGACAGAGAAAGAAAAUAAGGGCUUCAAAUACUGUGUCUUGGACGAUGAGUACAUUUACCAGGCGGAAAAUCCGCCCAAAAAUCGCGAGGACCUGCAGGUCAUGGUUCCCCUCAAGGAGAUUAUCUCCGUUGAUCUGGUAAAUGAUUUUCCGGAUUUUUUGAGUGGUGAAGAACGGACUAAUACUCAACACAUUCAAGUGGUUCAUUGGACUUCAGAUCAAAUCAAGAAACGGUCAUUUAGAAAAUCUAAAAAGUCUCCGAGAACUGGUUCAUUAUCGGAUCUACACGGUGAUCGAUCCAAUGCAUCAACACCAUUGGAGAACAUUUCUCUACAAGAGGGAAGCAACUGGUCUGAGGACUAUGGUUAUAUAACCCAGAGCACGUCCAGUUUACAGAUAAACAGUAGUCGACCAGAGAGUCGAGGUUCUGUGAGCUCAACCCAGGGACUGAAGUCGAGUGGUCGUGAUAUUAAGACCAGUAGUCUGAAAAAGAAGAAGAGGAUUGGCGAUGGAAUGGAAGACAGUGUUCUGAAGGCGCUGAAGGAGGAGAUGGAGGAUGGUCAGCUGGAUGAUCUGGAGGACAUGGAUGGGGAUUAUUCCACCUCUUACACCUCCAUUCUUCAUACCAAGCGUGGGAGUAGAGUGAAGGAGGCACCAAGUGUUAGGACCGGCACGGACAGGCGUGGAUCCACGGACACCACCGUCAGUCAAACCGGGUCAGUACGGCCCCAGCCUAGGGCCCCUUCUAUCUCCAACGAAAAAAAAUUAAUUGAUGUCAGAAAUCAAAAUGAUUCUUCUGAGAAACCACCGCUGUGUAGCUGCUUUGGUUUUAAUUGCUUCCGUUCAAGUCGGGUGUCUUGUGGCCGAGAUGAUAUGGUCACUGAAGAUAGCAGUGCAAAACCCAUUGUGGCAAAUGGAAAGCCUUCCAAUGAUGAUGUGUUCUUUGUUGCUAACCCCCUGCCCCCUAAACCUGAAAUAAGUAUUGAUGUCACGUCUGACUUGGCUAGCCAGGGACAUAAGGGUUCUAUGCAAUCUCUAGUACAGGAACCUGUCUUGAAUUCUCGUCGUUCGUCUGUGACGACGAUACGUGGCUUGUCGCGGGCGGGAACCCCGGCCCAGGAGUUUGAUGGCACUCGCAGUGCCAGUAACCUAGGGAUGGCGUCUAUGUCAGAUUUCGGGAGCUCCAUUAUCCGCAUCAACACGCUGCUGAGUCCGGAGGAGCGGAAGAAAGCGACCGUCAGUAUUUACCUCCUAAAUCUCCAGUCUCCAAUGUUGAUGUUAAUCCGUAGUGCCUGGAAUAAUUACCUCAUCAAACAUACCCUCAACAUUGAUAUGGAUUAUGAGAAGAACUUCAGAUCAAGUGCAGUGAGAAGUGGACCAAUUCAAAGAAUCCCCAAGUACAGAGAAAAGAUGGAGCUCUUAUUCAAUGCCUUGAAGCGAGAUCUCCUCAACCCUGAGAACUCGAUGGAGGACAUAUUCUCUCUUCUUACCGAGCUUAAAACUGCCACCGAGAAAAACUUCACGCUCAAGAAACUGUUCUGGAAAAAUGCAGACAUGUUUUUAUUCCUGGUGAGACAAACUCAACACUACCUGCCAAAGUCACCUGUCAAUGUAAACACUGAGCACGGGCGAGUCCAGAGGGCCGAUGAACUCGAACUAGUCAUACUACUGACAGAAAUUCUGAGUCUGAUGUUCAGGGAGUCUGAAAUCAUUCCUGCCAGGAUCCAAACUUUGAAAGCAGACAGGGGCAAGGCCAUCUUUGAUCUGAUCCGUCUUCUUAUCUGUUCACCGGAAAUUCCAGAGAAAAUGGCCGCUCCUUCAAAGAGUACCCAGAAUCUACAGGCCACGGACGAAGAGAUAAAGAAGCAGAUAGAUGAGUUCCGAAAGUCGGCCCUGCUGACGCUGUUCGAGAUCUUUCUGAUGGCAAGACAGGCAAACUGGGGGAACAGAGAGGCCAGCUUCUUCAACAUCAGCUGGGUCAUAAAGACCAUGGAGGAAAUGAGGAUGACGGAAGGGUUCGUGGAGAAUGUGAUUGACCAGAUGAUGAAGUUUAUCGGGCCGACUCGUAAAGACGCUCUGAUGCCUCAGGAGGCGGUGACUCUCUAUGUACAGUUCUCCGUCCUACAGACUUUUCUACACUACAGCCCCAAGAUCUCCGCCUUCAUCCGCAGCCACUAUCUGGAGGAGUUUAAGUACUUUGUGCAGGUGCCUGUGGUGAUGAAGAAGCUGCCCCAGUCCUACCCCAUCUGUAUGAUCACUGUGACCCUCAUCGAGUCGGUCACCAACAAGGUCCUUGACUCGGGGACCUCCAUCUUCCCCAAAUCCCCAAGCAAGAAGAAGGGCGUAACCACGAUGUCUGACAUAGACACACUGUCCUUGGCAGGCAGGAGACUAUCCUCGGUGUCCAAUGCGUGGUGAUGUCACCGGAAGAGUGUCCAAUGUGGAGUGACGUCACCGGAAUAGUGUCCAAUGUUGGAUGACGUCAUAGAUAGUGUUCAAUGUAAGAUGACGUCAUCUACGGAAUGGUUUCCAAUGUGGAAUGACGCCACCAGAAUAGUCUUGCUGGAUUUAAAGCCAGCACUCAGUACGCUUCAUGAUAUAAUUUACUUUAACACUAGUAAUAUCUGUGUGUGUUUUUACAAGUCACGUUGGACAGUGCUUCGCAAACUGGAAACCCAUAAGUACUUUAUUUUACAUUGUACUAUAAAUGAAGAAGAGUUUUACAUUUAUAUGCUUCCUGUACAUGUGUUGAACUCAUAUUUGACUACUGUUCAAAAUGAAUUGAAUCCUUUUUAUAGAUGUAACAAUUUAUCAUUAUUCCCUUGCAUUGCAUGGUAUGUUUUAUCAAAGUCAUGUGUUACAAUGUUGGUUCUAACACAAGCAUGAUAAAUUGUGCACGUGUCAUUUCUUGGACGAAGAAACGAUGUUUCAGAGAAAUUUUAUUUUGUGAUAAAAAAUCAUCAAGCAUCUUGUAUAUCCAUUUGUUAUUCAUUAUAUAAUGGCAGUAAGUCUGUUUACUUACAAACUUUAGCGUUAGAAAUAUUCCCUUGUACAUGUAUGUGAAAAAAAUACAAGGAGUUACAAACGGUACAUUUGGAAUGCAUAGCAGAUCACAUGUAAUAAGUCUUAACACUUAUAUAUCUAUCUGUCUGUCUGUCUAUCUAUCUAUCUAUCUAUCUAUCUAUCUAUCUAUCUAUCUAUCUAUCUAUCUAUCUAUCUAUCUAUCUAUCUAUCUAUCUAUCUAUCUAUCUAUCUAUCCAUCCAUCUGUCCGUCCGUCCGUCCGUCCGUCCGUCUGUCUGUGAAGCAUACUUUAUAAUGUAUUAUGAAGUAGUACAUGUAUUUAUAAUGUAUUCAAUAUUUCGUUUUGAAAAUUAUUUUUUAUAUCAUUUUAGUUUAAUUAUUCUUUAUUUGAUUUCCUAAAUAUUGAAGGCACGAAAACCAUUUUUGAAUGAUAAUCCACAAAGAAUUCUAAACUUAAGUUUAAAACUAAAUUGAGUUGUGUUUUAAUGAUGAUAUGGCAUGAGAUUAUUGUAAUCUGAAACCACCAACAGUUGUUUCCAGGCAUUGGGCCACUCUUUUCAAUACAUUGGUUGGACUUCGAAAUAUAUAUGCCCCUUAUUCAUUUAGUAUUAAGUAAAAGUUUUCUGUGUUGUAAUUGGAUGACCACUUAAAAAUGAGGAUAAAACUGAUUGUUUAUCGUUUUGAGAUUGUUGUUUGUAAAUAAAUUAUGAUUUCAAUAAC